AUGGCAGCAAUACAAGCCGUCCAAGGCUUCAGCCAACUCAACAGAGCCCUCAUGUACAUCAGCGCCAUCCUCGCCCCCGCACAAGCCGUAUCGGGAAUCGGCCACACCGGCCUAUCCAACCUCGGUUUUCUCGCAUACAACUACUACACGCAAGUUGUCUGGUUCCGCGCCGCAUCCAACCAACAACUCUCUGCCUUCGCGCUGGUCGCCGUGCACGCAAACACCACGCUCGCCUUCGCGUACCUAGGCGGCAUUUUCUCCGGCAACCGCGUAAUGGCUGCGCUGCUUUCUCUCGGGGCGAUGGGCGUGCUCUGGCUGAACAAUGCGACGGCGUGGAUUAGCUGGAAGACAGGCCAGCAGCAGGGGUACGGCGACUGGCAAUUUUUCUUUUUUGGGUGGCGCACGCUGAGCCCCGGGUGGCACAAGUUCAUUAUGGUCUGGCAGAUAUCGAAUUCGUUAGAGACGUUUGGCUUGUCUGUGGGAUGCAUUAUGCUGGCUAUCCGCGCGGGAGCACGCAGUAGGGAGGCGAAUAAGAGGAUGUUCAAAUGGUGGCAUCGGUUUCCAGCGAUUCCGAUCGGCGGCGCUAUCAUGACUUUCGUCUUGUGUCCGUAUAUUGUUUGGAUCGAGCUUAUCGUUCGCCGGAACCAUGUAGAGUCAGAGACUGACUGGGUCGCUGUGUAUGUCUUUAUUGGACAGGUUGCGUUGAUGUUUCUGCCUGAUUUUGGGAAACUCAUCAAGCUCGUGAAGAACAAUGGAGGGGGUGAAGCGGAAGAUGAAGGAAGAUACUACUCACUGAGCGAUGCUUUUGGUUUUUCAAGCAGAUGA